CAACUUCCCACCUGGUUCAAUCAUCUACACCACAUUGUUCAAGUCCAUCACUUCCGCCACUAUCGCAAAGCCAUGGACGUUAUUCACCCAUGUAGACGCGCGUCGACAUAAGCUCAUUUGUCCUCAUAUCGUGUCGGCCGCAAUAAACAUCCACCUUUCAUCGCACCGCAUCUCACCCAACCUCAAACAAUAUGUGGGACGAGGAGGAUAACAACCCGUACGGAUCCUUCUCCAGGCAGGACUCUUCUGGCAUUGCCGCGAAUCCAGCCCUCAGUACUUCUUACUCUCAUGAACCAUCUAGCCCUCCAUCCUCUCAAUCAUCGCCCAACCAACCACCGCAAUUCCUCUCCAAACCCAACAAUAUCAGUGACGAUGAAGAUGGAGAAGAACCUGCACGAACAGAAGGCCAGUCCCUGAUCCCUCCAAAGGGCGGCUAUGACAGCAGGGUGCAACAACUACUGUACGAGAACCCCGACUUGGAGAUUAUCAUCACCGACGCAGGCAAGAGUUCAGAUGGUGGUUAUAUUGUCUACCGGAUACGGACGGGAGAUAUUGAGGUUGCAAGAAGAUAUUCCGAAUUCAAUUCUCUCCGAGCGGCUCUGGUUAAUUUGCAUCCAACCUUGGUGAUUCCACCCAUCCCAGAAAAGCAUUCUAUGGCAGAUUACGCUGCCAAACCUACAAAGGCCAAGGAAGAUGCAAGCAUAAUUGACCAACGAAAGCGCAUGUUAGCUGUUUUCCUCAACAGAUGUCGGCGCAUGAACGAAGUCGUCGAAGAUGGUGUUUGGUGGAGGUUCCUUGACCCCAACUCCAGCUGGAACGAGGUUCUGCAUGCGCACCCUGUGUCAUCCGUUCCCAAGAACAAUUUGAAGGCACCGCCGUUGGACCCUGCCAACCCUACGCCUGCCCAUAACUGGCUCCCCAUCCCCUCGUCUUCAGCCAAGAUUAGACCUGGACAGACUUCCAGCAGCGGAACCCCGAUUUCUCCUCCAGAGCAGUCCUUUCCUUCUUCUGCCGCACAUACGGUGCCAGGGCCCCAGAUAUUUGGUCGCUUUCCGAUCGCCUCAGACAAAUUAAGCGAAACCGACUUGGAUCCUUACUUUGUCAAUUUUGAGGCUUCUACCCGUGAGCUGGAACUUCUUCUGCAGGGGAACAUUGAAAAAGUCAACCGUCGCACCUUGGAGCAUCUGACCAAACUCUCAGCCGAUCUGGCUGAACUUGGCGCUCGGUAUAACGGAUUUUCUCUGUCGGAACAAUCACCCACAGUGGCAGCGGCAAUCGAAAGGAUAGGUCAGGCUGUAGACAGCACCUACAUCUCCACGGAAGAGCUGGCCCUUGGUCUCGGGGCGACUUUUGCGGAACCAAUGAGAGAAAGUGCUCAAUUCGCUGGGGUCGUGCGCAACGUUCUCAGGUACCGUGUUUUGAAACGGGUACAGCAGGACAUGACACGGGAAGAUCUGGACAAGAAACGGGCGUUACUUGAGUCACUAGAACGGAGCGAGCAAGAGGCCAAGAGAAUCGAUGCUUACCUCGCAGGAAGCACAACACUUCCAACCUCGCCUCGCCGAACGUUGUCCAACGCAUCUGCCCGCAGUAUACCCGAACGUGUGGCUUCAGAAGCUCCAGAGGAAACUGCAUCAGUGGAUUCGGAUUUUCCCCCAACACACGGCGACAAUCCCACUUCUCCCCAAGCUACUGGGCAGUCUCAAUGGCAACCUCCGUCCCAGUCUGGACCAAACACACCCAAUCACAAGAAGUCUCCUAGCGGGAACUUCGUGACAAACAAGAUCUUCGGCAGUUUCAGACACGCGGUGAAUGGCUUUGUGGACGUUGACCCCGAGAGGACCAGGCGCGACCAAAUGGGAAAGACGAGGGAGAGUCUGACCCAGCUCGAACAAGCACUGGAGGUAUCCGAAAAGGACGUGCGAGACGCCACUCAGGGCGUCAUGAAAGACCUCAAGAGGUUUCAAAAGGAGAAAGAAGAUGACCUUCAGCGAUAUAUGAUCUCAUAUGCUCGAUGUCACAUUGAAUGGGCCCGGAAGAAUUUGGAAACAUGGUCUGAAGCCCGUGAGGAAGUGGACAAGAUUGUAGCCCGUUGAUGACCGACGCGCUGAAAGCCAACGGUGCAACCUGCGAGGCUGAUUCACGAGGACAUUUUCUAGGAUCAAUGUAUAGGCGGUAUUGCUGGUGUCUUGGCGUGGAUAACAUCGCCCUAAUGACUGUUCAAGCGCACCAUUAUUGCCUAUGAACAGGCAGUACACGACAUGAUGUAUGCAGCUGAAUCAGCCAAAUUCAGUGGCAAGAAAGUCGAUAUAUGAAAAACCUGUAAUGUGAUAUGGAGAACCCCAUAAACGUGGAAGGUUCCUGUUAAUUGGUGGUAAAGUUUGACUGAAGGAGGAGUGUAGGAGGCUAGUUUGAC